UCGCUGUCUCCAUGCUUGAGGAGACGUGUAGGGGCUGGGUGCCGCCCUCGUGAACUCUCACCGCAGUGGAUGGGUUUCUCUUUCCUGGACAAUAUGGCGACAUCCAGGCCGCUCUUGACAGUCCGGGGAUCAGAAGGACUGUACAUGGUGAAUGGAUCACCACAUUUUACAGAAAGCACAGUGUUUCCAAGGGAAUCUGGGAAUAAUUGCAAAGCCUAUACGUUUAGUAAGGAUGGAACCUCGUUUGCCUGGGGCAAUGGAGAAAAAGUAAAUAUUAUCAAUGUCACUAACAAGGGACUACUCCACUCCUUCGACCUCCCAAAGGCAGUUUGCCUUGAAUUCUCGCCAAAAAACACUGUCCCGGCAACGUGGCAGCCUUAUACCACUUCUAAAGAUGGCACAGCUGGGAUACCCAACCUACAACUAUAUGAUGUGAAAACUGGGACAUGUUUGAAAUCUUUCAUCCAGAAAAAAAUGCAAAAUUGGUGUCCAUCCUGGUCAGAAGAUGAAACUCUUUGUGCCCACUAUGUUAGCAAUGAAGUUCACUUCUUUGAAAACAACAAUUUUAACACAAUUACAAAUAAAUUGCAUUUGCAAAAAAUUAAUGAUUUUGUAUUAUCACCUGGACCACAACCAUACAAGGUGGCUGUCUAUGUUCCAGGAAGUAAAGGUGCACCUUCAUUUGUUAGAUUAUAUCAGUACCCCAACUUUGCUGGACCUCAUGCAGCUUUAGCUAAUAAAAGUUUCUUUAAGGCUGAUAAGGUUACAAUGCUGUGGAAUAAAAAAGCUACUGCUGUGUUGGUGAUAGCUAGCACAGAUGUUGACAAGACAGGAGCUUCCUACUAUGGAGAACACACUCUGCACUACAUCGCAACAAAUGGAGAAAGUGCUGUAGUACAAUUACCAAAAAAUGGCCCCAUUUAUGAUGUAGUUUGGAAUUCUAGUUCUACUGAGUUUUAUGCUGUUUAUGGUUUUAUGCCUGCCAAAGUGACACUUUUCAACUUGAAAUGUGAUCCUGUAUUUGACUUUGGAACUGGUACUCGUAAUGCAGCCUACUAUAGCACUUAUGGACAUAUAUUAGUAUUAGCUGGAUUUGGAAAUCUGAGAGGACAAAUGGAAGUGUGGGAUGUGAAAAACUACAAGCUUAUUUCUAAACCAGUGACUUCCAAUUCUACAUAUUUUGCUUGGUGCCCGGAUGGUGAGCAUAUUUUAACAGCCACAUGUGCUCCCAGAUUACGGGUUAAUAAUGGAUACAAAAUUUGGCAUUAUACUGGCGCUAUCUUGCACAAGUAUGACGUGCCAUCAAAUGCAGAAUUAUGGCAGGCUUCUUGGCAGCCAUUUUUGGAUGGAAUAUUUCCAGCAAAAACAAUAACUUACCAAGCAGUUCCAAGUGAAGUACCCAAUGAGGAACCUAAAGUUACAACAGCUUAUAGACCUCCAGCUUUAAGAAAUAAACCAAUCACCAAUUCCAAACUGCAUGAAGAGGAACCACCUCAGAAUAUGAAACCACAAUUAGGAAAUGAUAAGCCAUUAUCAAAAACAGCUCUUAAAAAUCAAAGGAAGCAUGAAGCUAAGAAAGCUGCAAAGCAGGAAGCAAGUGACAAGAGUCCAGAUUUGGCACCUACUCCUGCCCCACAGAGCACACCACGAAGCACUAUCUCUCAGUCAAUUUCAGGGGAUCCUGAGAUAGACAAAAAAAUCAAGAACCUAAAGAGGAAACUGAAAGCAAUCGAACAACUGAAAGAACAAGCAGCAACUGGAAAACAGCGAAAAAAUCGGUUGGAGAAAAUUCAAAAAGAAACAGCCCUUCUCCAGGAGCUGGAAGAUUUGGAACUCGGUACUUAAAGAUUCACAGAAAGCAAGUUGACCAGAAAUCAGUGCAAACACAUCUUCUGUUAAACCCAUUGGUGUACACAGAAUAUUCCUGUGCCCACACUUAAUGUCAAUCUCUAAUUUUAACCAUUUAUCCAAGAUUUUCCAAAAUUAUUUAAUAGUCUAUUAAAUUGAUAUUUAUAUCUUACAUCCUAUAUCAUGUCAAUAUGUGAUAUAGAAAAGAGAUACAUGAAUUUUUUAGCCAAGCUUGACAGAUUGAAAGACAAAUGUCAUUUUUUUUUGUAGAGGGUGAUAUAUACCAUAUAAAUGAAUAGAUAUAUUUUAAAUUAAAAAACAUGUUUAUGUCUAUUUCCCUUUAAUAUCAAGAUAUUCUUAUUGCUAAAUUAAAAACAGAAAAUACCCUCUUCUUCCUGUCCACAAACAGAAAUGUAAGAGAUACAGAAGUGUGGGUUUUGGUUUAGUUUUUUUCAUUUCAAUUGAGUAAAUGCCAACUUUGUAAAAAUCGGUAAUUUUUUCUUUAAUUAUAUUUUUUCCAAUUAAAUUAAGUCUUAACUUACAGAGACACUCCACUAUAAGUCUUGGAACAAAUAUUGCUAAAUAUCUUAAGUCACUUAGAUAUUUAAGAUAUUUUUAACUCUUAAAACUUUUAAGAGUUAAAAGUUUUGGUUUUACCACUAAAACCAAAACAUUUAUUAGUAGGUCAGAAAGUGCUUCAUAUAAGAUAUUCUAGGAGCUUAGAUACUUUUCUUUGUAUUUUGCCAUAUAAAAAUUUGUCCACUAGAUGGAGAUCAUUUUCUUAAACAAGGAAACUAUUUUCUACUAAAAGGUUAAAUAACCUUUAAGGCCUAAAUUAUCUAUUUCUUAAGGACUCAGGAAGACAACCCUUUAAAUGACAUCCAAAAAAUAAGAUUCACAAUGUAUAGUA